CUUGUUCAGGCAGUGUGCCUUGCUGAACUCGCACCUAUCGACGGAAAAUACCAUGAUCAGCUUUUUGGUUGCUACAGUUUUGUUGGCGGCUGGCGUUGCGCAUGGCCAGGUUUUGAGCUGCCAGUCAUUCGUCCUCAGCCUGGACUGCACCACCUACAGCGCUAUGCAGGAAUGCGGCACAAACGGCAUUACCUACGCCAACAGGUGUUACUUCGCCAAGGCUCAGUGUAACGACUCCAGCCUUCACAUCCUGCACGACGGCCCGUGCACUACAGCUGAGUCGUCGACCACCCCGUCCCCAGGGUCGGGCGUAGAUGGGGAGACGGCGGUCCUCGAUUUCUUCUGUACGGCGCUCAGCCAUCGGGACUGCCCUACCGAUGUGAAGCAAGUCUGCGGCUCCGAUAACUGGACAUACGUUAACUACUGCGAGUAUGACAAACAGAGAUGCACUCAUCGUGACCUUCACAUACAGAACUUCGGCGCAUGCGCAACCACUCCAUAGCCUCUGUCACGUGUCACGUAGAAUUUUCGAAUAAAAUUUACGAGUUAA